UUUUGUUUGCAAUAAAUAUAAAAACUUUGUGUCAAAAUUAAAUAGCUUUGGUUUAGAUUUAAGAUUCAAAAUGGCUGCGCCCAUGAGCGAAGAAACGAUGUCUGAACCAGAGGAAGAAGAACCGGGGGAAAUCAACGAAAUCAACCCAUUAUCUCCCUACUUCAAUCCUUUAAAAGCUUUAUACUCCUCGAAGAUUGCUCUGCCUUUCCCUGAGGCAUCAGUGUUCGACAAUUUGUACCAGUAUGAAAGGGUUACAGGCAGCCGUGAACAAGCACGACAAGGGGGAGUCCGAGACCGGGGAAAGGAUGGUGGAGCCGCCGGGAGCAGGGCCGCUUCACACGGCGGGCAGCCCCAUGGUCCGUCACUGUCGGUGCCGGUGGCACAACAGAACAUUAAGAGCUCCCGACCGAUUCAGAGGCGAAAUGAACCAGUACAGCUUGGGACUGGAUUUAGAGCAACUAAGGACAUGCUUAUUGACACACAGAAGUACAAACCUGUAGUCUACAGAAAUGCUCUUACAAGAAUGUCAGAGUAUGCCACUGGACCGUUAUCAGUCCUGUUUCGCUGCAUGAAUGAGCGCUGUAAGGUCAGGGUCUGUACAAGGUCUUUCAAGGGGUUACGGAGCAUCUGCACCGGAUAUGUAGUCACAUUCGACAAAUUCUUCAAUAUGGCCCUCGUCGAUGUGGAUGAAACAUGGAGAAGGCCCUCUACUGGUCAGCGAUUUUACCAUGAGGAGAAAUUGACAUUCUCAAAGAUAAUGGAGAGUACAACAUAUAAUCCAAAGGAUUCUGUCAAGUUAACAGAGUUUGACAAUUCAAAAGCACAGCGUUCAACAGAGACAAGACAGCUGCAGAGGGAGACUGCAGCUUCAACAUCACACCCUAGAAGGAGUUCCAGUUUGCCAGAUAGAGACAGACUCCGGACAUUAGAAACGUCUGGUUCAACAGAGGUAGGAGCAAAGCCAUCUCCCUCACAUUCCAGAGACGGAGGACAACUGGACCAAAACAAAAGCAAAGAUUUGCACGAGAGGAGAAGCAAACAUACAAAGGAACAAAGUCACAGACCUUCACAAGAAUACAAAGAAAAGGACUUUAACAAAAACUCACAAAAGCACGUUCCAAAAGGUUCGCUUGAGAGCAGUCGCAAGGAAUCAGAGAAGCACAGUCACAAAGCUAUGCAGGAAAGAGGUCGACCAGAAUCACGAGAGAGCAGUCGCAAAGGUUCACAGAGAAGUAGUAGUUGCAAAAGUUUGCAGGAGAGCAGUAGAAAAGAUUCUGAAGAGCUCAGAGUGAAAGCCACCCAGAAGAAGAGUCGCAAAGAUUUGCAGGAUCGAAGUUCAAAACAUGGAGAAAGAAAAAAGGAAAAAACAAAAAAGGACAAGAGACAUGAAAAGGUGAAGAAGAGUGAAAAAGAUUCGCAAGAUUCUCUGUCAAGAACAGGUACUACAGAUAAGGAAGCAGAAGGAGGUGGUUCAGCAGAAGAUGAAGAUGACAUUGAAUUGCUGCAGAAGCGUUUUGCUGCUUUGCAGAAGGAAUUAACAACGCUAUCUGAUGAUGAUACAGAGACACAGGAGGAAGAGGGAGAAGAGGCAACAGAAACUGACAUUGAAACUCUCCAGAAGCGUUCCGCGGCUCUUCUGAAGGAAUUAACAACUCUCUCUGAUGAUGCGACAGAGGAGGGACAGGAGGCGGCAGAGGGAGCAACAGAAACUGACAUCGAAUUGCUGCAGAAGGGUUCUGCUGCUCUACAGAAUGAAUUGACAUUGCUCCCUGUUGAUGAGACAGCGGCACAGGAUGAGGAUCCGGGAGGGGGAGCAACUGUAAUGGAAUCUCUCCAGAAGCGUUUUGCUGCUUUGCAGAAAGAAUUAUCAACACUCUCUGACGAUGAGGAGGAGGGGAAGGGUGAGAAAGGGACAACAGAAACUGAAAUAAAGAAAGCAGACUUAGAAUCGGUCACAGAUUCUCAAAUCAUAAAUAGUGGCCAACCAACGACACAAUUGGCUGAAGGGUCAAAUGAGGUCAUUGACAUCAAAUGUCAGGCAGAGCCUAGUUUAGUGGGGAAAUUUGAAAUAACACAACAUAGCAAGGCUGUGGUUCACAAGGAGACUGAUGUUGAACAUACUGAAAGUGAAGCUAGAACUAAAGAAAAGAUGAGGGGUGGGAGAUUGAAGAUUAAACCUGAAGACUUUAAGAGGAGGCACGUGAACCAGUUGUUCAUUCGAGGCGAUAAUGUGGUGCUUGUAUCUGUGGACAGUAACUUACUACCGAGAUAAUACCUUCAAAUCUAUGCACUGCGCCCAAUUUCAUACAGUGGCUUUAAAGGCCAUGUCACUCGGGCAAUUUUUUUCAGGCAUUUGGAUGCAACAACUUGCACUACAUGUUUAUGCAAAAGGAACACUUCAACAGCAACUCACUGUCCCCAAGAAAAUAAUGGUGAAACUUUAAUGUGAAUCAUUGAAUGUUCUUAUUUAAGAUUGCCUGGAACUGUUUGGCUGUAAAUUGCCUCGUGUGAUGUGGCCUUUAGCAAAAACACUGUGUGGCACUUGGAUAAAAGAAAAACAGUUGUAUUUGAAAACAAAAGAUUUUUUAAUUUUAUUGAAAACUCAAUAGAUCAAGAUAAUGUAUGAUUUCAGGUCCAGUACUUU